AAAGCUCAUCAGUUUUUCUGCUGGAGCACACGAUCCAAACGUGAGCUGUCUCUCUCUUCUACUGUUAAACUGUCUCAUUGCUUCACUUCUGUCUCUCCGUUGCUACAGGAAACAGCCGCUCCAUGGAGACACUUUUUUUCCCCAGGUGAACGUGAACGCAGCUUUACGAGACUUUAUUCUUUACGCGGAUUUAAUGUUUUUUUAGAAGUGGAACGUCAGUUUUUUUGGGGAGAAUAAACAACAACCUGGUGUUUUUCAUCAGAUUAUUUUGAAAGAGAAGAAAGGAAACAUGGAAUACUGUCAUCUGUGAUGUGGGAUGAGGAGACUUGGAAGUGAAGGACCAUGUAGUUGAAGGUCAAUGAGCCGGUGCUGCAGACACCACAGAGAAAUCGCACACCAUCCACUCGGGCUCAUCUGUAAAUGUGUGAGUAGCAUCACUUCCUCAGCGUGUCUGCAGCCAACAUCCCUCACAGAUGCAUGUGGGGCUUUUUGGCCUCCACUGCUGCCCGUACAGACGUUUGGAAGCAUCAGUGUAGCUGUUGCUGAGAAACCCACCAAAAGGCCCAGGAUGCCAGGAUGCCCAUCACUCAGGACAACGCCCUCAGCAUCCUCCCUCUGCUGGAGGACUGGCAGGGGGAGCAGAGCACCAGAUCACAGCAGGAGCACGACCUGAGUCAGGACCCGCCGGGCCACAAGCCUGAGGAUCACGACGCUGUGAGCAGCAGCAGCAGCAGCAGCAGCAGCGUUAACACCGUCAGCGUGUGUCUGGCUGCCGUUCACAAGCUGGUGGAGUACAUUCACUUCAACUUCAUGGAGGAUGAAGCAGCGCCGUCAGUCAGUCCAUCAACCAGCCCCUCCUCCUGCAGGGGGGAGGGGUUAGACGUAGAGGUCCACGCCCUCUCCCUCACCAAAGACGACGGGGACACGCCCGAGUUUGGCCUCAGCUUUGGGAAUAUCCCCAUUUUCGGGGACCCUGACGGGAGAAAGAAGGGCGGUCCGAGGAGGAGGCGGGACCAGGGGCCCGUCCUGGACGUGGGCUGCAUCUGGGUGACGGAGGUGAAGAAGAAGAGCCCAGCUGCUCGCUGUGGGAGGAUCAAACUGAGGGACGAGGUGCUGUCACUGAACGGACAGCUGAUGGUGGGAGUGGACGUCAGUGGAGCCAGUUACCUGGCUGACCAGUGCUGGACUGGAGGCUGUAUCUACAUGAUCUUGCUGCGACGCGUCAAGCGUCAGGCUCCUCUCGCUCCGUGUGAAGUGAAUGGCGCCGUGUGCAGUGACACAUCCGUGUCCCGGCCCUGCGACGCAGCAACAAACGGCAAACGCACCCGCAAGUUCGGCGUCAUAUCCCGGUCGUCGUUCACCCGAGACAACAGGGACAGCACGGACUCAGAACUCCAGAGCUGCUGCAAUGGUUUCAGCUCGUCUCUUCCCGCUGAUCCCAGCGACGACUCAGGUUUCGUUCCCUCCUCUCACGCUUCCACAGAGGAGAACUUUGUCCAGAUGAGGCCGGCGGCGCCGCAUCUGCACGGUCGAGGCGCCGCCACGCUGCCUGCGCGCUGUCACAGCGAGCUGCUGGACUUCAACAUGGAUUCAUUUAGCAGUGAAGCCUCGAGCCAGCCCAGAACAGGAAGCCACAUCUGGAAGAUGCAUAUGGUGAAAGGUCAGGAGGGCUUGGGCAUACAAAUCACAGGGGGGCGUGGCUCCAAACGUUCUCCCCACGGCAUCGUUAUAGCUCAUAUAGAAGAGGGCGGAGCCAUUCACAGGGAUGGUCGUCUCCACGCUGGUGAUGAGUUGCUGAUGAUCAAUGGUCAGUCUCUGGUUGGUCUCACUCAUCAGGACGCCGUCGCUGUCCUCCGCUCCACAACUGGUCUGGUGCAGCUGGUGGUGGCCAGCAGUGAGGAGUCAGAUGUGGGAUUAGAGAGCUUCCCCUCCACCAGUCUGCCUGACCUGGUGAACACCUGCAGCUGGUGUCAGGCUGGUGUCGCUCGCUCACCGCAGACGUCCAUCAGCAGCACGAGUCUCUACAGUCCAGUCCAGAAACUACAAGACCUGAGUCUGGUGGAGGCGUCGAAAGGAUCCGCCAACAACACAACACUCAUGAAGCUCUGCAGCAGAUCCCAGGCAGCGAGCAGUCGUCUGGAGUCGGUGGGCGAGGAUGACGAGCUGUUUGUGGAGAACGGUGCGAGUGGCUGUGAAGUGACGGAGAAACCUGCUCCUGCUCGACGUAAACAUUCACUACCUCAACAACUAGAUACUGCUGGAGUGAGACAGGAUUAUCCCAUCAUUAAGAAGUCCGCCCGCUCCCUGAGCACCGUUCAAGUGGAGUCACCAUGGCGACUGGCGCAGCCGUCUAUUAUCUCUAGUAUCGUGCUGAUGAAAGGCCAGGGCAAGGGUCUGGGAUUCAGUAUUGUUGGAGGUCAGGACUCAGCACGUGGUCAGAUGGGGAUUUUUGUCAAAACCAUCUUCCCUCAUGGAGCUGCAGCAGCUGACGGACGACUGAAAGAAGGAGACGAGAUCCUGGAGGUGAACGGAGAAUCUCUUCAAGGACUCACACACCAACAAGCCAUCCAGACCUUUAAGCAGCUGAAAAAGGGCGUCGUGACGCUGACGAUUCGAACGCGUCUGCGGAGUCCCAGCCUGACGCCGUGUCCCACCCCGACCCUCCUCAGCCGCUCCAGUUCUCCAAACUCCAACACCAGCGGAGGAACGCCGGUCCCCUCAGGGUUUGAAGAGGCAGAUGGACGUAAGGGUCCUGGUCCUGGUCCGAAAGACUGCAUCAUCAUGGAGGUCACACUUCACAAAGAGCCUGGUGUUGGUUUGGGGAUUGGAGUUUGCUGUCUGACUCUGGAGAACUCUGCUCCGGGCAUCUACAUCCACAGCCUGGCUCUGGGAUCUGUGGCCAAGAUGGACAGCAGACUCAGUCGUGGAGAUCAGAUUCUGGAGGUGGACUCAGUCAGUCUCCGUCAUGCUGCUCUCAGUGAGGCUUAUGCCAUCCUCAGUGAAUGUGGACCAGGACCCGUCAGUCUCAUUAUAAGCAGACACCCGAACCCUAAAGUGUCAGAACAGGAGAUGGAUCACAUGAUCGCUCGAUCCACACACCGGGACAAAAGCAGCAGGAGCAGAAACUCUCCUCAGUCACAAGGUCUGUCCUGUAAGAGUCCCUGUCCGUCCAUGAAGGACAGACAGGGAAGCGUCUCUCCUGCUCUGAGCUGGACCAUGAAGAGGUUCCUGGAGCCUGCCAGCAGACAGGGAUCCCUGAGCUCAGAGGCAGAGUUGUCUCAGUACUUCUGCCAGGACACGUCCAGCCACUCCUUCAUGUCCGACUCCAUGCUGAGUGACAGCGUCGAGGUUCUCCCUCAGCAGAGGGAAGACAACGCCACACACACACAUGCCCUCGGCUCCUCCCACACAGAGGACGCCCACGACAGCGAGCCGCUCCCUGUCAAUCACCACAGACAGGAGGCGUGUCAGCCCGUCAUUGUGACCUCCAGCCCCGCGUCGGUGCGCAGCCCGCUGCUGCGUCAGCGGCGGGUGAUGUGCUUCGACGAUGAGCUCAGUGAUGAUGACGAAGAGUCAGACAACGCUGGAAACACCAAACCCCACCCAGUGGCUGCUGUCCUCACAUCCAUGACAUCAUCGUUAGACGUGGAUGGAGAGAGUGAAGAUGGUGUGGAUUUACAGAGGUGUGGAAGCCGUGAUGUGUCCACGCCUCCCUGUGGCAGCUCCUCACAGUGUGAGGGAGGUGUCAACGAUAAGUCGCCUGGUUCUGAGUCAGCGUUCAUGUCUGUCCGCUGCCCGUUAGAUGACAAAGACAAGGCCAGGGUGGCGAUGAGUGCGGGCUCCGUGUCUAAUAAUCUGACCGUUGUUAAUGACAACCAGACGAAGCAGGAUGACGGACAGUUGGAGUCAAAGCGCUCGCCCAAGCUCGAGCACAAAGCAGUGACGCGGGUCAAAAGUAUGAUGAGCAUCGAAGCACCGAACCUGUCCCAGCAGCAGAAGUCCAAAGAUGAUCCUUCUCUGUCCCCGCCCCCGGCUCCGCCCUCACAGUGUGGCAGAAUCCCUGCGACCCAUCAGCUGUGUAAGAAGGGCGACGUCAGUGAGCUCGCGGGCGUCUGCGCCAUCGACGCCGUGAUUCUGACGAGAAGAGCGGGCGAGUCGUUCGGACUGGACCUGGAGAUCCUGUCGUCUCCUCUAAGAGUCGUCAUCACGGGGUUAAAGGCUGGUGCAGCAGAGCGGGUAUCUCCAGCUGUGCUGUGUCCUGGAGAUGAAAUAGUAAAGAUUGGAGAGCUGCUGGUGUGUUCCUCGAGCUACCAGGAGAUCUGUGAGCUGAUGCACAGCCUUCCCACCACUCUGUCUCUGGAGGUCAAGAGACCCGUGUCAGCUGUAGACCAUCUCUCCAGUUUGAUGAUGUCAUCAGUCAGCAGUGAUGGAGUCUCCAGACUGAACGCAGCCAGAUGUGCAGCAGGGAACUGUGGGACACAUUCAGAGAAUCCCAACCACAGAACCCCAACAGACCACGACUGUGGAACGCCAGUCACUGACAUAGAUGACAUUGUCCUUGAAGUGAAGCUCUGCCAUGAUAAAAGCCCCUCACACGAGACAUCGUCCCACUGUGUCGUCCAACGUCCUGUCCACGUGUCUGAGGAAGACCGACAGUCCCGUGUCCUGGACGACUCUGCUGUGGAUGAAAGACAUGAGGAAUGUUCCGUUGUUCCCAUGGAGACGACGCAUGUGAACCAACCACAGGAAAACACUGUGUGUAAAAGCAUGUACCCCAGAGGAGAUGACAGUGACUCCAACAGUGACAGCUCUCACACGAACAUGACGGUGAACUGUCGUGGAGGUCUUCAUGAGUCGUCCUCAGAGGAGGAGGACGUGGAGAUUUGUUCACGCGAUGCACAGAAACCUGCUGCUGCUGAUUUCAACCUGACGCUAAACACAGCUUCACCUUUUCAGCACGUCAGCCGCCUGGACACAAACACUGACCUGACCUCUGACCUGACCUCUGACCUGAACUCUGAUCUGACCUCUGAACUGACCUCUGAACUGACCUCAGGUCUGACCUCAGGUCUGACCUCUGAUCUGACCUCUGGUCUGACCUCUGACCUGACCUCUGAACUGACCUCAGGUCUGACCUCUGAUCUGACCUCAGGUCUGACCUCUGACCUGACCUCUGAUCUAGUGAAAAACAGAGAAAACUCUGUGACGACAGCCUCCUUCUCUACAGAAGCUCCAGUCCACUCUGCAGACAGUCCACCACCUGUGUCCCAAAAUGAAUCAUGUGACAAAGUUAAAGAAUACAGUAUUUACAGCAGGCCCUCCUCACCAGAUACACACUGUGUGACACAGAGUCUCUCUGCAGAUACCUGUCUGUCCUCAGAAAGGAGUCCCUGGCCUUCAGCAGAGACCUCCUGCUCCAGCACCAGCAGGUCAGAUACCAGACCCUCAGCGUCCGUGACUUCCAGAGAAAAGACUUUGGAAUAUGACACUAACAUAAACUCGUCACUCAUGAAGAGGUCCAGCUCAGAAGAGCCUGAGAAUCCAGACUGUGGUGUGAGAGCAGACUCAGAUGAUCCCAAACUGAAAGGCUUGAGUAUAAAGAGUAAGAACAAACCACAGGGAGAGUUUGUCCAAAACCCUUUAAAUGAUGAUGUUCCCCUGAGCCAGGCAUCAAUGUUACACAUGUCCAGUAUCCAGACUGACGUGAUCAAUGAAAGACCAGAUCCACCUGAGCACUGUGCAGGCGGGACAUUACACUGUGUACAGGCCAGAGGACAACCAGCCCAACCUUCCACUCAGAGGACAUUUAUAGAGGUUCAGCUGUCCUCCUCACCCUCAGCAGUCCUGCCACUCUAUGAAUCAGUGAAUUUAAACUCCGCUCCAAAACGAGCCCCUGUGCCGUCUCCUGACCUGUCCAGUGAAGAAAGAACAGAUACUUUGGUCUCUGAUGCACUUUGUCCUUCUGCAGAAUCAAAUUCAACCACCAGUCACUGCUCAAAUCCUUCAAAUCCUGGUUCUGAUGUCAGUGAAAGGCCAAAGUCCAGCUCGUCUCGACUGUAUGUGAAAGUAUCAGAGAGACAGUGCUUCUCCACAGACUGCAGUCCCUUCUCUGUCCGACAUAAAAUCAAAUCCUUUGAGAACUUGGCUCACUUUGACAAGCCUGUGGCUAAAAGCAGUGAGAGUCAGUCGUAUGCACUGUCGUACAGAGCCUCCAUUAACCAGAGGAUCGCUGGUUACAUGGGUUCAGUUAACUCUGCUGGAUGCAGGACACGGCAGCGGAGUUUUACGUCUUACACGGAGAAUCGAACCCCCGUCACACUCUGCUCACCUCUUGUUGGUAAACCCUCCUCCAACCUGGAGCAUCCACACAGACACAGUCCUGCUGCGGAGCUUCCACAGACGCCUCCAGUGCUGCGGAGGAAACAUGGCAGACUUCCACGCAGCAGGCUGCAGCAGCUCAGAGCGCUCAGCAUGCCUGAACUGGAGAAGCUCUGCACCGAGGACUUCAGGACUAACCCAGAGAAGACACACACGGAGAUCCGUCCUGCAGGAGAACCCACCGAAGACCCAGAGACGGAGCGUUUUCCACCCACAGUGGAGAUGAUGAGCCACGGUGAACCAGGGUCCACUGAAGAGAGUCUGCAGAGAAGCCCCGAGGCCGGCUGGUCCAUCAGUUUACAGGAGCUGCUCAGUUCUCCUGUGAAUCAGCAUGAGCUGCAAACCUCGCUGCCCUCUCUGACAGCGAGGCUGAUGGUGAAGACGAUGAUUCAGGAGGCCGAGGAAGAGUCCUUCUCUGAGGUGACUGGAGACACUCGCCUUGUCAUCCUGUGUAAAGAGGAAGGGUCAGGACUGGGCUUUAGUGUCGCUGGUGGAGAUGACCUUGAGCAGAGGGCAGUAGUUGUUCAUCGGGUCUUCACUAAAGGUGCAGCAAGUCUGGAAGGAACAAUCCAGAGCGGGGACAGGCUCGUCUCCAUCAACGGUACAAGUGUGGAGGGUAAAACCCACGGAGAGGUCGUGUCCCUCCUUCAUCAAUCCAGACUGUCCAGUCCAGUCUUAGUGGUCAUUAGGAGAGACAAGGAUUCUGGAACGAGUGUCUCUGUCAGACAGGACUCAGUCAACCAUCUAAAGAAGAAGUCUUUGGAAGCUGGUGCAGAUGUCGGUCCAGGUGGUGUUUUAACGGUGGAGCUUCAGAAGACCUCAGCAGGCCUGGGCUUCAGUGUGGAGGGAGACCGGCCUCUCCUGGUCAAACGUCUCUUCAAAGAAGGUGCUGCAGAGCUGUCAGAACUCAUCCAGGUUGGGGAUUAGGUCCUCGCGCACCAGGACCACUACUGAGGCCACAACAACCUCCUCAUCCAUGACAAGAAUCCCGGACCAUAGUGAUCAAGAAUAUGGAACAAUGUGAAACAGGGUGUGGCUGAGCAGCAGAAACAAAGACAAUAUGACCACUUUUUAAAAUCUAUAGAUUGUGUUUUCUCUUGUCUGUGUUGUUCCUAUAACAAAGGUAAACGUGGAUGGACCACUAACAGUAGAUUUACUGUGAAUGAAACGUUUGGUUUUCAUUUGUGCUUUCUUAAAAUAAAAAGAACAAAGUCA